CUGAGCAAAAAAGGUUUUCAUCGUUAAAGUGUUGUUGGACCCGUUUUGGAGUCAACUUCAGAGAGGAGCCGCUGAUUUGCGUUUGCGCGUCUGUGCCCUGAAUGUUGCGCCACAUUGCGUUUCGCUGUCCAGCUGGCAUGUGAGUGAUUGCGUGCAGUUUGCAGUGCGCACGGUCGAUCACCACCAUUUGGACUGGCAGGAGCUCUGAUGAGUCUAACUAUUACACGUCCGUGGAGCGCUUUUGCGAGAUGAUACCUGUUGAUUUUGCAUCGCGCCAUGUCCUGCUGUCGGACUGAAGUGGACAAUGAAGUUAUGGGAUAGUCUAACCACUUGUUUGAUACUGCUAAGUGCCGUUUACGCCAGCCCGCUCCUCCAGAGCCCGCAGCAGCCCAUGUCCACCAAGAGGAGAGGGCGCGUCGCCGAGAGUCCCCCCGAGCUCCCGCCCGUUCAGAUCGGCCUGUCUGUUUCUUCCACGAGCAUGAGCCGCGCGGAUACCGCGAACAGGGACGAAACGCUGCCUGGAGGAGACAAAUACACCACUGAGGAGCCCCUCCCAAAUGAGUUUGAAGAUGUGGUGAACUUCAUCAAAGUAACCAUCAGUAGAAUGCGUCGCUCCUCCUCGCUCACUGUGUCCUCAUCUACCUCCACCACCGCCGUCCCCAUCUCUUCCCCCUCCAAAGAUAACUUUGACAGCAGGACCCGACAUAGAAGGGGAAAGAGGAAAAGGACAAGCCAGCGAAACAGUAACAGAAGAGAAGGAGGAUCUAGAGGUGCUGGCGCAGGUGGGAAGAUUAGAGGCGGUGGUAGAGGACAGGGCUGCGUGCUAAAACAGAUCCACCUCAACGUGUCUGACCUCGGUCUGGGCUACCGCUCCAGUGAGGAAAUGAUAUUCAGGUACUGCUCAGGACCGUGCAGAAAGUCAGAGACAAACUACGACAAAAUCCUUUACAACCUCAUUCACAACAGGAGGCUUCCCGCCAAAGACGUGCCCCCUCAGGCUUGCUGUCGGCCAAUAGCGUUCGACGACGAUCUCUCGUUUCUGGACGACAGCCUGGUUUACCACACCGUGAGGAAGCACUCCGCCAGAAAAUGUGGCUGCGUGUAGGGAGUGCACCUUGUUGUCAGGCUUUGUGUAAUUUUAACUUUUUAUACUCCCACUCUAUAGUGGUAUAAUGUUAAGUGUUUUUUCUUUUGUUUUGAUUUCA